UCCCACAACACACCGCUCCUGCCAGCAAAGAUGACGAAAAUGGCGGACAGCGGAUCAUCGGUUGAAAUUGUCGAGGGCUGUCGCCUUCCCGUUCUUCGUAAGAAUCAGGAACACGAAGACGAGUGGCCAUUGGCUGAGAUUUUAAGUGUAAAGGAAGUCUCCGGGAGAAAGCUCUAUUAUGUUCACUACAUCGACUUCAAUAAACGUUUGGAUGAGUGGGUCACAGCAGACAGGUUGGACAUGAAGAAACUACAGUUCCCUAAAAAGGAAGCAAAAACUCCAACUAAGAAUGGUCUUCCGGGCUCCCGGCCUAGUUCACCUGAGCGAGAAGUGAGGAAGAGUCUAGAUCUCAACCUACAAUCUACCACAGCUCCUUCCAGAGGCAAAACCCUCCCCACUCCGAAGAGGAAGGUGGAGCCGGUCCCACUAGUACCACAGGUGCCGCCGGCCCCUCCUGUACCAUCCCUGCCGACUUCGACGGAGGCUUCUCCGGCUGCAGUUUACCCCGCUGCAAGAGAGACGAACACCUUCAAAACCCGAGAAGACCAUGACCAGAUCUCUUCCCUCACGACUAACGGCACCGCUCGAAGACUCAUCCCCUCUCAGCCCGGCAGGAAGCGAAAAGCUAAUUGUGGACCUGCCGACGAGAUGAUAAAGGUUUUGCAGUAUAACAAGCCUCAAAGUGCCAGUGUCUUUCUACCACCACCAGAGGAUUCCCAAGACAGUUCUGACGGUAUCCCAUCCGCACCCCGCAUGACAGGCAGCCUGGUGUCGGACCGCAGCCACGACGACAUCGUCACCCGAAUGAAAAACAUCGAGUGUAUAGAACUCGGCCGUCACAGGCUGAAGCCGUGGUACUUUUCCCCGUACCCGCAGGAACUUACAUCGCUGCCCAUUCUCUACCUCUGUGAAUUCUGCCUCAAGUACCUCAAAAGUCUCAAGUGUCUACAGAGACAUUUGACAAAAUGUAACCUCAGACAUCCUCCCGGCAACGAAAUCUACCGCAAAGGAACCAUCUCAUUCUUUGAGAUUGACGGCAGAAAAAACAAAAAUUAUUCCCAGAACCUGUGUUUACUUGCCAAAUGUUUCCUGGACCACAAAACCUUGUACUAUGAUACAGACCCUUUCCUCUUCUACGUAAUGACGGAAUAUGACUCCAAAGGCUUCCACAUAGUGGGAUACUUCUCUAAGGAAAAAGAAUCUACUGAAGAUUAUAAUGUUGCGUGUAUCCUGACGUUGCCGCCUUAUCAGCGGAGAGGUUACGGGAAAUUACUCAUCGAGUUUAGUUACGAGCUGUCCAAGGUUGAAGGAAAGACUGGCACUCCAGAAAAGCCCCUCUCGGACCUUGGCCUGUUGUCUUAUCGUUCUUACUGGUCUCAGACCAUCCUGGAAAUUCUCAUGGACCUUAAACCAGAUAACGGCGAGAGGCCGCAGAUCACUAUCAACGAGAUCAGCGAAAUCACAAGUGUCAAGAAAGAAGAUGUAAUUUCAACGUUGCAGUAUCUUAACCUGAUCAACUAUUAUAAGGGCCAGUACAUUCUGACUCUAUCAGAGGACAUUGUGGAUGGACACGAAAGAGCCAUGCAGAAGAGACACACGCGCAUAGAUCCAAAAUGUCUUCAUUUCACGCCCAAGGACUGGAGCAAAAGGGGCAAGUGGUAAAGUCUCCUGGGACAUUUCGGCAGCAGACGUGAAGCUGGGAUCGCAAUGGUUUCGCAAUACAGAAGCCCUCCCGUAACACAGGACAACAUUUUUAAAAUACCCGCAUAAGCUUUUAUUGUGAAUAUCUGUUCUAUACUGUACAUUGAGACCCGAAAAAAGACUUGUGAACGAACAAUGAAAUCAGCAACACUCCCUCUGCUCUGUACAUGAUCAACUUCAAACGAAACUGUGUGCAAUUUGUGUAAGGUGUUAAAUGAGAUGAAUGAAUGAAUAGUUGAUUUUUGAUCAGUCUUGCAAUAAAUCGCAACACAGGUAAUGUGAACAAAACAAAAUCAUCAUACAACAUAUCCUGCCAGAUCACACAACAAUAAUUGCCCAAAAAUAUGACUUGAUUACAGCACAAUAGUUCUUCAGAUGAAAUAGUUCAAUAAUGUACAUUCUGGAUAUCAAUUCUGCGACUCUCCCUUUUAAAGUGGAUCAACUUUAAAACACAUUUUUGUAGAGUGAAACAUUACUGUUUCGUAUGCAUUUCUUGUAUUAGACUCACUAGACGUUUGUGGAUCUUUCCUCCAUAAAUCAUCCAUUCAGUUAUUUUCUCUGGUAAACAUCUUCCUGGAAUGUUUGUUUUUUAGUGUUCAAUUCUGAUGCUGCAGGACUGUCCUGGCCAUUCAAAUACAUUGCAUUCUCUUCAUGGUUUCGAGUUAACAAGCUCCCCUGGAAGUUAGAAAACCGAUUGCCACAGCCUAUUUUAACUCUGCUAUAACACCAAAAGCUGACAAAAUCUUCCAGAUUUUAGUAUAGUCAACAUGUUGUGUUUCAAUAGCGCUAAAACAAUCAGUUUCCUUUUAUUGAAGAGUGUUAGGCAUCUGUUACACUGAUGAUUUCUGUCUAUAUGAUCUUCCAUGUUGAAUAUAGAUAAAUCCCGUCCAUAGUUUGUAACUUCAAAAUUGGAUUUGAUUGUAUAGGUAACAUACAAGCCAUGUUAAACUGGUAUUGUAUAUUUUGUAUACAGUUGCCAUUUUUUUUUUUUU